UAAACACAAUAAUCACAAAUUUCAAGGUUCUCUCUCUUUUCACCCGUUGCAACUGUACAGCGUCAUCCCCAAAACGAGGUUUCAGUGGUCACAUCUCUUUACAAUUCAUCUCAUCUCAUCUCUCCUCUAGAAAACAUAGUUCCACGCUGCAGCGUUUUCACAUGCAAUUGCAGUCUACUCCUUCUGUUUCAAGUGUUUUGUUUAUUAUUUUUUAAAUUUGAUCUUUGUUUUCUGAUACUAAAACACUGGUUCUCCUUCACAAAUCUUCGUCAGUCUUAUUGGAUUUCUACAAAGGCAUGAGUUUUUAGUCUGGAUUUUCAUUAACUGGUUAUGAUUUUGUUUUGGUACACGCACCAAUGGAAUUGAAAAAGCUUCCAUUUUUAGAACCAUUCUUCAAUGGGUUUUCUUCUAGUAAAAGAAAAAUCUUUUCAAGUUUUAGUUUAGGAGUAGGAUCUUCACUUCUUAUUCUUAGUUUGAUUUAUUUGUAUGCUCCUGUUGAUAUUUCUUUAUUCCAACCUCUUUUUCAAGGGUUUGGUUCUUCAUCAUCUAGUGCUCCUAUCACUACAAGUACUAAUUCUGGUAGUAAUGGUUGGCCUUUAGGUGAUAUCUUAAAGGGAUCUAAUGUUAGUUCUGAUUUAAAUUUGAGGGUAAAUACUCAUCAAGAAAAUUCUUCAGAGAGUUCAAAAAAUAUAACGUUUUUGAAUUCUAAUGGUGGGGAACAAAAUACCCAUAAAGGAAAUCUUCCAGAGGUAUCAAAUAAUUCAAGUUUUUUGAGUUCUAAUGGAAGAGGGGAACAGAAAACCAAUGUUGGAAACUUUACUGAAUCAAGGGAAAAUGGAACUCUAAUUAGUAAAGGAGGAAGUGUUGAUGACAAAACCCCAAUUGGAAGUUUAAAUGUUACUUCUUCUGGUAAGGAAUCUCACCAACAACAACUACCCAUAGAUGGCAAAAACACUACUACUGAAGUGAAGAAAUCUAUUGAUCAAAGUGGAGACAAAGAAAGUGUUGCUAACAAAGAAAAAGCCAAGGAAGUUACUGAGAAAGGCAAGGUUACUCGUUCUAAUAAUGAAUCUGGAAUUAGCAGUCCUGAUAAAGUUGUUAGUACUAAUAGUGGGAAUUUGAGAGUACUACCUGAUCUGAAUGAGAAAUGUGAUGUAUAUAAAGGUAGAUGGGUGAGAGAUGAGAAUAAACCAUAUUAUCCACCUGGUUCAUGUCCUCAUAUUGAUAGAGAUUUUGAUUGUCAUUUAAAUGGUAGACCUGAUGGUGAUUAUUUGAGAUGGAGAUGGCAACCAUAUGAUUGUAAUAUGCCCAGUUUGAAUGCUAUUGAUUUUCUCGAGAGAUUGCGUGGAAAGAGGAUUAUAUUUGUUGGGGAUUCGCUGAAUAGGAAUAUGUGGGAGUCGUUGGUGUGUAUGCUUCGACAUGGUGUUGGAAAUAAGAGUAAAGUUCAUGAGAGAUCGGGACAAACUCACUUUAAAGGAGGGCAAAGCUUGUACGAUUUUAGAUACGAGGGCUACAACUGUUCUGUGCAGUUUGUGAGUGCUCCUUUUCUGGUUCGAGAAUCAUUUGCUAAACAUGCAAAUGGGACGACAGAGACUCUAAGAUUGGAUUUGAUGGAUAAAACAUCAUCAGCAUUUCGUGAUGCUGACGUGGUAGUCUUUAAUACAGGCCAUUGGUGGACUCAUGAGAAAACCUCUAAAGGAGAGAACUAUUAUCAAGAAGGAACACAUCUGUACCCAAAUCUGGAUGUGAUGGACGCGUUCAAGAAAGCCCUCACUACCUGGGGAAGAUGGGUCGAUAAGAACAUCAAUGCUAACAGAACGCAGGUUAUCUUCAGAGGAUAUUCAGUUACCCAUUUCAAGGGUGGCCAAUGGAACUCAGGCGGCAAGUGCCAUAACGAGAGUGAGCCGAUUUUCAAUGAAACUUUUCUGGCCAAGUACCCUCCAAAGAUGAAAAUUGUGGAAGACGUGCUAAAACAGAUGAAGACUCCUGUAAUAUAUAUGAACAUAAGUAGGCUUACAGAUUUCAGAAAAGAUGGACACCCUUCAAUAUUUAGAAUGGAAUACAAGACUGAAGAAGAACGGAUUGCAGCUGUGCAUUCUCAGGAUUGCAGCCAUUGGUGCUUACCUGGAGUUCCUGAUACAUGGAAUGAGCUGUUGUACGCUUCACUUCUAAAGUUAGGUAAAGGGACGUGGAGAAACUGAAAAUAUAUAAAUUCUAAAUAUUAUGCAGAAUGUCAUUCUUUUUUUUUCCUUUUCGUAUGUUAUUUUCAUUGGAGAGUACGUCAGUUGUAAAAGUCGGAUUCCGACAGUGUUCUUGAUACACAUAGUGUAGCAGUUUAGGCAAAAUUAUCUCUGUAAAUUUCUUACACUCUUAAUGUUAUAUUCAAGGCCACAAUUUUUAUUACAC